UCAUUACAAACUUACCACGGGACUAUGCUCCACGUAGUUUCUCUGAGUAGUCGAAUCUGCCGUUAACCGGUUAACCGCGUAUUACUCCUUUUCCUUUUAGUGUAUCAAACAACACCGACAGACUACAAUACGAUAUCCGGUCCUGAAACAGUGAACGAAGAAUCAUCGACAUACGACAUUUCGCUUCAAAGACACAAGUGACAGUGACUAACUAUGGGCACUUAUCUGAGCAAGCCGAUUACCGACAAGAAAUCUCAUGACAUCGACAACGGGUGGUUGUCUUGCGGUUCCAGUUCCAUGCAAGGCUGGCGCGAGUCUCAAGAGGACGCACACAAUUGUCUGUUGGACUUUGACAAAAGCGUGGCACUCUUUGCUGUAUAUGAUGGACAUGGUGGUGCCGAAGUUGCCCAGUAUGCUGCUGAAAAGUUGCCUUCUUUAGUUAAAAACUCCUUAUAUGAUAACCAAGAUUAUGAAAAGGCUUUGAUUAAGGCGUUCAUGGACUUUGACGACAGUCUAAUCGAGUCACCCAAUGUUGAAAGAUUAAUUGCUCUCCGGGAAGAUAAUAAUGAAGAAUGUGCAGAUGAAGAAGAAGAAAGAGAAGAACUUAAUGAGCUUUAUGAAGAGGCUAAAAUGCCAAUUGAAGAUAUAAUAUUAAAGUAUAAAAAUAAAAUACUUGAAAAUAUAGAAAAGAACAAAGAAAGUGAAGAUGAACCUAGUUCUUCUAAAGAAUCUCAUAUUACAAAAUCUGUUGUUGAAACAAAUGAUGCCUGCGGUUCUAGUAGUAGCAGCAGUAGUAGCAUAAUAGUUAAAGAUAAAACAAAUGUUGGUAAUGGAAUUGAUGGAUGUACAUCCAAAGAUUCAACAGCUGAAAGUUCAUCAAGUGCUAAAGUUAAUGGAUCAUUAAAUGAUGAAACUGAAAAUUCUGUUGGUGAAAGUAGUGAAGCCGAAUGUGGUCCUAGCAGUAGUAAUGGUCAAAAUGGCAUUGAUCAAAUUGCAGGAACCGCGUGUUUAAUUAGUGAGGAUUCAGAAGAUGACACAGAUGAUGAUGAUGAUGACGACGACGAUGAUGAUGAUGAAAUGUUUGAAGCUUCAAUUGAGAAUAAGUUAGAUGAUGAAUCAGAUUCAGACAGCGAUGAAGAAGAAAUCCCAAGUAAUAGUUUCAUUUAUGAAGAUGAUGAUGAAGAGGAUAAGCCAGGAAAAGAUAGUGGUUGUACAGCAGUAAUGGCUCUAUUAGUAAACAACAAACUUUACGUUGCUAAUGCUGGAGAUUCAAGAUGUGUUGUUUCUAUUGAUGGUAAAGCUCAUGAUAUGUCUAAAGAUCAUAAACCUGAAGAUGAACCAGAGUUAAAGAGGAUUUGUAAAGCUGGUGGAAGAGUUUCAAGUGACGGACGAGUGAAUGGAGGUUUAAAUCUUUCGAGAGCUUUAGGUGAUCAUAAUUAUAAAAAAAAUAAAGAACUUGCAAAUACUGAACAAAUGAUUACAGCUCUACCUGAUGUAACUGUCUUAGACUUAACAUCAGACAAUAAUAAUUUUAUAGUGUUAGCUUGUGAUGGUAUUUGGAACUCAUUAAGCAGCCAGGAAGUUGUUGAUUUUAUUUUGGAACGCAUCAACAAACCAGAUGUCAAAUUAUCAUCUAUUUGUGAAGAACUUUUUGAACAAUGUUUGGCACCCAAUACAUUAAGUGAUGGUACUGGCUGUGACAAUAUGACAUGUAUAAUUGUCAAGUUAAAAUCAAAACAAAAGCGUUCUCGUACAGAUGACGAAGAGGGUGAUUCGGAAGGUGGCGAGUGUAAAAAACAUAAAUCAGAUUCAAUUGAACCUGAAUCUGUACAAUAAUGUUCCUCCUGAUAUCGAAGAUUUGAUUUGACGAGCUGUUUGUAUUUGUUUCUGAAUUUUACAGACGCAUGCGACUGAUUUAUGGAUUAAUUUAUUUUCUUAAAUUUUAACAAGAAAAAAAACAUUAUCUUAUAAUUUAUAUAAUAAUAUUAUUGUA